AGUCGCUGCAGGCCCUCUGAACCUCUUCUCCCCCAGACGCUGCAGCAAGGAGUUUGUUUUUCCAAGACCUGCGAGAUGUACCCUGACGGCAGCACCCAGUUUUCCCCAUAUUGGGGCAAUGGUGGACACAAUCACGUGCAUGAGGCGCAAGCGAGGGGGCUGCAAUGUGGAAAUACCUGAAGCGGAUAGGGAGGAGAGUGUUUCCUCCUCUCCCUUUAAGCAGUUGCAUUAUUCCGUAUUUCCCCCCUGCGUGCUCCCUUUCUCCCACGCCCGCCCCCCAUCCCCUCCCUUGCAAUUAGUCCUUCCUGACGAAAGGUAAAUGCACCGCAUAAAAGUGACGCGGCCUGACCCUGCCUAAAUCUGAGGCUCUUUUUAUGCACCUUUACAGACACCCCUUUUCAAACCAGACUUCUGCUUUCGCUUGCAGAAUCAGUCUUUGCUCAAGUGCAAGCGGGCGAGCAAUUCCUGCCGCGGCACGACCCGCAAGUCCUCCCAAGUCCCUCAUUCAGAUGCGCCGAACUCGUCCACCAAUUCCCAGCAGCGCGCUUUUGCAACCCGACUCCCGAGUGUGGGCAAGGAAGGAAGGGCACGGGCGCUUCGAGGCCUGCCACUGAGCAUGCUCGGGUGCCACUGGGCAUGCUCGGUAGCGUUUCGAUGGUUUGAAGAGAAAAAACUUGACGGGUAGCGGAGAAGGGGAUCUCAGCUAGGCCGGUGCGGUUCUGACCGAGCGCCGGGCGCCUCAGGGUUUGCCGCACGCCAUGGGCAAAAGGGAUAACCGGGUGGCUUAUAUGAAUCCCAUAGCAAUGGCUAGAUCACGAGGUCCUGCUCCAUCUUCAGGACCUACCAUACAAGACUACUUGAACAGACCAAGACCAACAUGGGAAGAAGUAAAAGAACAACUAGAAAAGAAGAAGAAGGGUUCCAAAGCCUUAGCAGAAUUUGAAGAAAGGAUGAAUGAGAACUGGAAAAAAGAACUCGAAAAACACCGGGAGAAAUUGUUAAGUGGAAGUGAGAGCACUUCAAGGAAGAAAGAGAAGAAGAAAAAGGAGAAGAAGAAAUCCAGUAGGUUGUCUUCCUCUUCCUCAUCAAGCUCUGAUUCUUCCAGUAGUUCUUCUGAUUUUGAAGACGAGGAUAAGAAACAAGGGAAAAGGAGAAGGAAGAAGAAGCACCGCUCCUCACGGAAAUCAUCUGAAAACUCUAGUUCAGAUUCUGACUCGGACGGCAAGGACAGCUUAAAAAAUAAAAGGGCAAAGGAAGACCAUGAAAGAGAAAAGGAUACCAAAAGCCUUGAAAGGAAAAGGAAAAAAGCAGAUCGUGGGGAUGGCAUGUUAUCGACAGAGUCCUCAUCAGAAUCAGAACACACAGAGGAGGUACCAGCAAAAAAGAAGAAAACCAGUGAAGAAAAAGAGAAAAAUGAUAAAACAAAAAAACGGAAGAAGCACAAGAAACAUGGCAAAAAGAAAAAAAAGAAGACGGCCAGCUCAAGCUCUUACUCAGAAUAACUUCAGUCAAGACUCUCUUCCCCCCAACACCUUCUUAUCAAAAGUGCAAUGAGACUAGAGAGAACUGCAACUGUGAAAAUUACGACAAAACUUUACCAAACUGCAUGAGUUCUCCUGUGUAUUAACAAUAUUCUAAACUUUCAGCUUGCCCAGUGCAGUUGGGCUGGAAAUAGCCAUUGUUGUUGCCUGAUGCUUAAAUAUAUGUAGUACUUCCCCCUCCCCUCGGCCCCGGUGACUGGCGUUCAAUGUUUUGAAAGAAGCCCUGCACAUGGUUUAAUGAUUUAACAGCAGUGCAAAAUUGGGUUGGUACAAGAAAAGGUUUUGCCUAUUCCAGGGUCUUUGUAUGUGCACCCUGCACCCAUGGGUCCCCCUGCAUUUUAAUGGAAGGCCCCAAUUCACACACGUAAACAACUGUGCAUGUAGAUCAGCCGUUUACUAUAAUGACUGGGGCAGCCCUUAUGGACAGACACCCUACCCUGCCUGUGCACCUAUUCCCAUAAAGCAAACAAUGAAUUUGGGCGUUUUUAUUUUUGAACGUGUGAUUAAAUUUAAAUUUUCAUUAUAUUUUUUUUACAAAUAUGCAACUCCUGCGACAUUUCAUUACUACUGAUGCCAUUUUUUUGAAACAGGAAUAUGUCAGUAACCUGUACAAAUGUCAGUUUGUGUGUAUGUGUCAUAAUUUUGCUCUCUCUUUUUUUAAAGUGGGGGUGGGGUGGGGGCAUGGAUUUUUGUGUUCUCUUGGAUCAGACGGCUUAUUUUGAAUCCUUGCAAGCAGCACCAGUCUUUGCUGAUGCUGUUGCUGUGCUUCCAAGGGUACUUUAAGCAGCCAUUUUUCUUUCUGAAUACGGGGUAGAUUCCACCGAGAAGACCUUUCCCCAUGAAAAGUAAAUAGGACCUGCAGAAGAGCGGUUGUGUUGAUGACUGGUUACGGAAAAGCUAGAUGCGAUUGGGGACAUGGCUACCCCAUUCACGUGUAAUGUUGUGGAGUGUCUAAUUUUGAUAACAAAAAGCACAUGUGACUGAGGAGAGCUGAAAUGUGGCAGCCUUCUCAGUUGUGCUUCAUUGCUUCCCCCUAGUCUGGCUCACUUCUGGUAUUGGAGCUGAGCCAGGGGAACCAUGCAUAGAGCAACAAAACCUGGAGAGGUGACACAGGGGGGGUGGGGCGGUGGGAAGAGAGGCUACCCCCAACUUUUGCUGUUUAAAAAAGACCCUACCCUCAUCUCCCUGCCACUUUAUGCAUGAACAGGCACAUGAACAACAAAAGUGAUUUGUCUGUUCCCAUCUAGUCUGGUCCUUGGUUUAUUCGGAACCUGUAGCACAUGCUGCUGGGAUAAGCAAGAAAACGCCAGCCUAAUGUGGCAUAGCUGGCGCCCCCAAAAUGAGGAUUUUACCCCUGUUGAAUCAAAAUAAUACUGAGUACUGGCUACUAAUAAGCAUUAACAUUAUUUGAGGUGGCAUUGAGUUAAUUGAUUUCCUCCCCCCAACCCCCAGCAAACACUGUUGCAUUUAUUAUUAUUAUUAUUAUUAUUAUUAUUAUUAUUAUUAUUAUUUGUGUUGUCAUUAAGGUAUUUAGAAUUAAUGUUCUGCAUGAUUUUGUCCCAUUUUUAAAUUAACCAAUAGAGAAAUACAAUUGUAAUCGGUGGGAUUUUAAAAAUUUUUUAAUUAUGUUUCACAUGCAGCAUUACUUAUAGAUUUUUAUUGCAUCCAUGCCUAUGUUUAAAAUGCACACUUGCUGAAGAUAUUUAGCAUGUAAAAAGCUGAGGGGGUGAUAUCAAACAGCUUCAUAUUGAAGCUGAUUUUACUCUACACAAGUUCCGUGGCAGACCUGUUAUGCAACUAUGUCUUGGUAUUUAAAAUGACUGCCAGACACUUAGUAAAGAUAAUGUUUGAAAAAAUUAUUCAUUUCUGCAUUGUCUCUCUGUGUGUCAGACAGGUGGACCAGAAAGAGGGAGAGAAAGAGUGUGGCGAAACAACUGUAUUUCCCCCCCAAAAUAAAGUGUAGCACCAUAUGCCUGCUAUGGAGGAAUAGCCACAAUGAGCUACAGUAUAUAAAUUUACCGGUACCUCUCCAUAGGGAGCAGCCCUGAGAUUGAGUAAUGCUUGCUUCUUCAGCUUCCUGUUAAGCAGAUGAGCAGAACAAUAUUAAUUUGGGUCACUGCAAAGGUAGAAAGUAAAUUGUUACUAUUGUUCUCAGCAUAGCUGUCAAGUUCUCCCUUUUUUAAAGGGAAAUUCCCUUAUGCUGAAUAGGCUUCCUUGCGAGAAAAGGGAAAACUUGACAUCUAUGGUUCUCAGAAAGCCUGUUUUGUUAGCAUUUUCAAAUUAUUGUGGCAGAACACAGGGAGAAAAAGCAGUGGGUCUCAAGGUUGGAUACGUCCUCCCACUAGCUUCUUGUGCAGAAGUUUUUUUUUAAGCAAAUUGCUGUCAAGAUGGCAUCCAGUACUAUGGUGGGAUGUACUAUCUUGUGGGCAAUCCUAUGUUCUUUUUGAUGUAAAGUGAUCUUGGGCUGUCUAAAACUGGUGUAGGCUAUGCACAGAUUACUUUUCAGAUUACUACCGAUAUGUGGAGCAUGAGGAUUACUUGCAAGUUUAUCAGUGAAUUCUUUGAAGAUAACUGUGAUACUGCACAGCUUUCUUGAAAAACAGUGUUUGCUUACAAUUUCAAGCCACAGGGCAGGAUGAACAGAGAUUCUAGACCAUGCCCCACCUAAGCAUCUCUAAAAUCCUGAUGCACCCCCCCCCACUUUAUUCAAAAAGUGAACUCCUAUUCACAUAGAGGAAGCCUAAAAGGCAAUUCACUCUUAAUAAUUCUCGCACUGCACCCCUUUAAAAUCAAAUUGCCGCCCUGUGGGGCGUGUGCCCCCCGUUGGGAACCACACGGCUCUAGACCCUAUACUGUAAGGUGCAUUUCGAGAACCUGCAAACUAAAAACAAGAGCCCAACACAUCUGGCCAACGGAAAGCGAAUUGUUCCAGGUGAGAAUUUGGUCCUGGGGAUCACUGCACGUGCCAGCAUCAUUGAAACAUGCAGGUUUUUAUCAGCAGCCGAGUAGAAAAAAUGGUGGGAGGAGAUGGCUCCAAGGACAAAGUUCUUUGCCCUCCCUUUAAAUUACAGCUUAAUCCUAGCCCCAUGCAAAUCAGUGGGUCUGGGGCGGGGAUAUCGGUCUGGCGUCGUCCCAUAUAUUCUCCCUCCUCCAGUUUCU